AUGUCUAAAUGAAAGCUAUAUAAAGGGGUUUGAGUGAAGCUUAAGAGCACAACAACUUCUCUUCUUCGUUUCAAAUAUGGGGGAAAUGGCCUCUCUUGUUGCUACUCUUUUAGUUGUUUUAGUGUCACUUAGCUUAGCUUCCGAAAGCUCAGCUAAUUAUCAAUACUCAUCUCCCCCACCACCAAAGGAGCCAUACCACCCUUCACCAACACCUUAUUAUCCCGCACCAGUUUACAAGUCUCCACCACCGCCAACUCCAAUUUACAAUUCUCCACCACCACCGAAGGAGACAUACUACCCUCCACACACUCCAGUGUACAAGUCGCCACCACCCCCGACACCAAUUUACAAGUCACCACCACCACCAAAGGAGCCAUACAACCCUCCACACACCCCAACCUACAAGUCGCCACCUCCACCAACUCCUGUUUACAAGUCUCCACCACCGCCAACUCCGGUUUAUAAUUCUCCACCACCACCGAAGGAGCCAUACUACCCUCCACAUACUCCAAUGUACAACUCACCACCACCACCCAAGGAGCCAUACUACCCUCCACACACCCCAACCGACAAGUCUCCACCUCCACCAACUCCCAUUUACAAGUCGCCACCACCACCAAAGGAGCCAUACUACCCUCCACACACUCCAAUUUACAAGUCACCACCUCCACCGACUCCAGUUUAUAAGUCUCCACCUCCACCAACUCCUGUUUACAAGUCGCCGCCACCACCUAAGGAGCCAUACUACCCUCCACACACUCCAAUUUACAAGUCACCACCUCCACCAACUCCAGUCUAUAAGUCACCACCACCACCCAAAGAGCCAUACUACCCUCCACACAGCCCAGUGUACAAGUUGCCACCUCCACCAACUCCUAUUUACAAGUCGCCACCACCGCCAAAUGAGCCAUACUAUCCUCCACACACUCCAGUCUACAAGUCGCCACCUCCACCAACUCCAGUCUAUAAGUCACCACCACCACCCAAAGAGCCAUACUACCCUCCACACACCCCAGUGUACAAGUCGCCACCUCCACCAACUCCCGUAUACAAUUCACCACCUCCACCAACUCCAGUCUAUAAGUCACCACCACCACCCAAAGAGCCAUACUACCCUCCACACACCCCAAUCUAUAAGUCACCACCUCCACCAACUCCCGUUUACAACUCACCACCUCCACCAACUCCAGUCUACAAGUCGCCACCACCACCCAAGGAGCCAUACUAUCCUCCACACACCCCGGCCUACAAGUCGCCACCUCCACCAACUCCCAUUUACAACUCUCCACCACCACCAACUCCAGUCUACAAGUCGCCACCACCACCCAAGGAGCCAUACUAUCCUCCACACACCCCAACCUACAAGUCACCACCACCACCCAAGGAACCAUAUUACCCUCCACAUACUCCAACCUACAAGUCGCCACCUCCACCAACUCCAGUCUACAAGUCUCCACCACCACCCCAUUAUCUUUACACCUCUCCCCCUCCUCCCUACCAUUACUAAGAAGAGAUUUCAUUAUAUCUGAGGAAAGCAGAAUGUUGAGCUAAAGAAAAUAAGCCCACACAGGAGGCAAAGUACUUUUUUAGCUUCAUUUUGUAUAAGUUAUUGUUUGUACCCUAUAUUAUAUUUAUAUUUUACUUCUAUUUAUUUGUGUAAUAUGUUUGUUCGAUCUCCAUGCAAAUUGCAGAGAUUACGAGAUGUAUAAAAUAAGUUAUUACUAAA